ACAUCCCUCUCCUUCGCUACGUAGUCUGCAAUGUUUUAGGGUUUAUCCUCUGCAGUUCCUCUAUUUUAAGACUCUUGCUUCGUAUUGGUCCGAGUAAUCUCAGGAAGGCUAUGUACAAACUUGUUAAACAGCAGCAUGAGCAACGACACAUUUGACGGGCUGAUACUAUCUGAGAAGUUGUCAAAGCUCAACAAUUCACAACAAAGCAUUGAAUCAUUGUCUCGAUGGUGUAUUACCCACCGGAAGAAGGCUAAACAGAUUGUUGAAACAUGGAACAAAUUAUUCAAUUCUUUCCAGAAAGAGCAGCGUGUCUCUUUUUUAUAUUUGGCUAAUGACAUUUUGCAGAAUAGUAGGAGGAAGGGCAGUGAGUUUGUUAAUGAAUUCUGGAAGGUUCUCCCUGCAGCUCUGAAUCAUGUGUAUGAAAGUGGUGAUGAAUAUGGAAAGAAAGCUGUAACCAGACUAGUUGACAUAUGGGAAGAAAGAAAAGUUUUUGGUUCUAGGGGACAGAAUCUUAAAGAUGAAAUGCUUAGUAAAAAUCCUUCUCCUCCAGCGGUGAACAAUGGAAGGUCCUCAAAUCCUAUCAAGAUACUGAAGAGGGAUGCUCUUGCAGUUAGAUUUAAAUUGGUUGCUGGAGGAUUACCAGAAAGGAUAUUAACUGCAUUCCAAUCAGUAUUUGAGGAUCAUCCUAAUGAGGAGAUGGCUUAUAGCAAGUAUGGUGAUGCUCUACAUCAAUUGAGUAAGAUUAUGGAAGAUGUAGAAAAUAGUUUAAAUCAAGGUAUUUUUUCAGGAAGUAAGAAUGGAUCUGCAUUGCUGGAUGAGCUUCAACAGCAGGAAAAUACCCUUCAGCAGUGUAUUGGACAACUUGAAAGUGCUGAAACAAAUAGAGCUUCCUUGAUUGUUCAGCUUAAGGAAGCACUUGAGGAACAAGAAUCAAAGCUGGUGCUGAUCCGUACCCAGUUGCAAGUUGCUCGUGGUCAGGUUGAACAAGUAAACAAUGUAAGAAAGAGGCUAACAUCAUCUCCUAUUCCUGGCCCUCCAAUCACUCUGCAGCCAUUUCUGCCUCUACCUGUGGUUUCCUUUGCUCCUUCGAAGUUAACUGAUGAGGAGACCAAGAAAGCAGCAGCUGCUGCUGUUGCAGCUAAGCUUGCUGCUUCUACAUCUUCUGCUCAGAUGCUUACCUCUGUGCUUUCAUCACUUGUUGCUGAAGAGGCUGCCUCCAUUAAUGGUAGUUUAAAAUCUGGUGGGUUGACAGGAGGAUUACCUAUUUUCUCUCCAGAAAAACGUCCCAAACUUGAGAAACCAAUGCCUGUGUCAGAUGGCAGCAGUUCAGAUGCAGGCAAUACAGUCUAUUUUACGCCAGUUCAGCAACUGAUUACCAACAUGCCACUUGGACCAUCUUCAAGUAUGCAACCAAUUUCCCAAGGCAACAAAAUUCAAACUCCAUUUGCUCCUGCUCCACCACUCCCCCCACCACCUCUCUCUCCUGCAAAUCCUCCAGUAAGUCAAUAUGUCCAAUCCACUGGUUUGAUGGCAGGGGUAAUGCCUUAUGGUCUACCACCUCCUCCUCCUCCUCUGCCGCUACACAUUGCAGUGAAUUUAGCUAGACCUACUUCUCAGCCUCUACAGCAGCCUCAGUCCCAACCCUUGCAGCAGCCACAGUCUCAGCAGCAGCAACCAGCCACUGGAGGAUUUUACAGACCACCAGGUAUUGGGUUUUAUGGGCAAAACCAAGCAGCAACACCACCAGUGCCUCGACAAUGAGCUUCCCAGUGAAAGGUCUCUGUGCCAGAGGAUCAUAGGAGGUAUUGGAUGUUAGGGCAAAGCCAUUGGCCAAUACCACCAUACAUCUACAUUGUAGAGUAGUAGUGCCGUAAAAUCAUGAAUCUGGAGAGUUUUCUCCUGGCCAUGUAUCAUGUAAAUUAUUAGGAAAUUCGUAGGCAUCAUAUCUCCAGGUCAUCAGAUAUCCUUUCAUUGAUGCGCCCAUAAUACCCCAUCACUCCAUGUUGCUGUAACUAUAAUAGUACAUGAUAGCUCCAUAUUUUACCCUGUAUUUUGAUGUAACAAAUGUCAAACACUGCUGGUUGCUGCGUUAUACCGGCAAGCAACUGCAAUGGGCUGAAGCAAACCUGGUAUUAGGCUUGCCUACAUUUGCAGCUUGUGAAGGGGCUUCUCUUGGCAUCCCAAGAAGCUGCAUGCCAUGAGAAUUUUCUCUGGUAAAUCUGACCUUUGCAGCUAUCUACCUUUAGGGUUAGGGUAAAUGCUCAAAACGUGGGCUUCAGGUACUUUUGCCAUGGCAUGGCUGCACCGGAAAUGUAAACAUGGUUAAGGCUCGUUUCUUUGUUGGUUAGCGUCGUAGGCGGCAUAAGAUGGUGACUGUCUAACAGCUAUGGUUUUUUGCGGAAAUCUAAUAUAUCUCUUAAUUUUCU